GGUGGGGCUGGUCCGUUCAGCCCUGAGGGGUUAGGGGCUGGGGGGCGGAGACCUCGGGGCAGGCGCUCUCUAUCCCGUCCCCUGGGAAUCCGGGGGCGGGGAUCCGGGAAGGGCCUGGAGCGGGAGGCCGGGAGCAGGCCAGGGGGUCAGCCGGCUAGCCCCGCCCCCGUACUGAGCGACGAGGCCCGGACAGGGAGGGGUUACCAGGCGGCCCGGCCCCCCCUCGGGCCCGCCCCCCCUCCCGCGCUUCCUGGCGGCUCCGCGUCCGGCGCCUGUUUGUGCUGCGGCGCUGUGGCCCCGGACGGCCCCGCCACCCCACCCCCGGGAGCCGAGAGCGGCCCCGGGAGAAUCUGAGGGCCCGGGGGGGUCUGGGGACUGCGGACCCGGGCCCACAGCGCCCCCUCCAGGCCCCUUCCCCGCGCCCGAUAGCGCCCCCGCGGGGUGGUGGUACGGCGCCCUUCGCGCGCGCCCCGGGGUGCUUCCCCUUCCCCUCUCCCCGGCCGUGGCCCCCGCGGCUUAGACGCCUCCUCCGCCGCCGCCGCUCGGAGCAACCCGGGGGCCGGAUGGACGGGGCCGCGGGGCCCGGUGAGGGCCCUGCUCGGGAGGCCCUGCAGUCUCUGAGCCAGCGGCUUCGGGUGCAGGAGCAGGAGAUGGAGCUGGUAAAAGCAGCCCUGGCAGAAGCCCUUCGCCUGCUGCGGCUGCAGGUGCCGCCUUCCUCUCUGCAGGUCUCUGGCACACCAGCUCCUCCAGGGGACAGCAGUUUUGCGGCGCCCCCAGGACUGCCACCCACGCGCACCCCUUCGUUGGUGAGCCGAGGCACGCAGACGGAGACAGAGGUGGAGUUCAAGUCAUCCCCUGGACCCCCUGGCCUGAGCAAUGGACCCCCAGCCCCUCAGGGGGCCAGUGAAGAGCCUAGUGGGACCCAGUCUGAAGGAGGGGGCAGCAGCAGCAGUGGUGCUGGCUCCCCCGGCCCCCCGGGAAUCCUCAGGCCCUUGCAGCCCCCACAGCGUUCUGACACGCCGCGAAGAAAUUCUUCCUCCUCCUCAUCCCCCUCAGAGCGGCCUCGGCAGAAGCUCUCCAGGAAGGCAAUUUCCUCCGCCAACCUGUUAGUGCGGUCCGGGAGCACGGAGAGCCGUGGGGGAAAAGACCCCCUUUCUAGCCCCGGGGGCCCUGGAUCUCGGAGGAGCAAUUACAAUUUGGAAGGCAUCUCAGUGAAGAUGUUCCUUCGAGGCCGCCCCAUUACCAUGUACAUCCCAUCUGGCAUCCGCAGCCUGGAGGAGCUGCCGAGCGGCCCACCGCCGGAGACCCUCUGCCUUGACUGGGUUUACGGGUACAGGGGUCGUGAUUCCCGCUCUAAUCUGUUUGUGCUGCGCUCCGGGGAGGUGGUCUACUUUAUCGCCUGCGUGGUGGUGCUGUACCGGCCUGGAGGAGGCCCAGGGGGUCCUGGAGGCGGCGGCCAGAGACAUUACCGGGGGCACACAGACUGCGUUCGAUGCCUUGCUGUUCACCCUGAUGGUGUUCGGGUAGCCUCGGGACAGACAGCUGGAGUGGAUAAGGAUGGAAAGCCCCUGCAGCCUGUGGUUCACAUCUGGGACUCAGAGACGCUGUUGAAACUGCAGGAGAUUGGACUGGGGGCCUUCGAGCGGGGUGUUGGGGCCCUGGCCUUUUCAGCUGCGGAUCAGGGUGCCUUUCUUUGUGUGGUGGAUGACUCCAAUGAGCACAUGCUGUCGGUGUGGGACUGCAGCCGGGGAGUGAAGCUGGCUGAGAUCAAGAGUACAAAUGACUCAGUCCUGGCCGUUGGCUUCAACCCUCGUGACAGCAGCUGCAUCGUCACCAGUGGGAAAUCUCACGUCCACUUCUGGAAUUGGAGUGGUGGAGUAGGGGUUCCUGGGAAUGGGACCCUUACCCGGAAACAGGGUGUCUUUGGGAAAUACAAGAAACCCAAGUUUAUUCCUUGCUUUGUGUUCCUUCCGGAUGGAGACAUUCUCACUGGAGACUCAGAGGGGAACAUUCUCACCUGGGGGCGGAGUGCUUCGGAUUCCAAGACCCCAGGCAGGGGUGGGGCCAAAGAGACCUAUGGGAUUGUGGCCCAGGCUCACGCUCAUGAAGGUUCCAUCUUCGCCUUGUGUCUCCAGCGGGACGGGACAGUGCUGAGUGGUGGCGGGCGGGACCGCCGGCUGGUACAGUGGGGGCCCGGGUUGGUGGCCCUCCAGGAGGCUGAGAUUCCUGAGCACUUUGGGGCCGUGCGAGCCAUUGCUGAAGGGCUUGGCUCUGAGCUGCUGGUGGGAACCACGAAGAAUGCAUUGCUGAGGGGAGAUCUGGCCCAAGGCUUCUCCCCUGUAAUCCAGGGUCACACUGAUGAGCUCUGGGGGCUCUGCACACACCCCUCCCAGAACCGCUUCCUCACCUGCGGCCAUGACCGGCAGCUCUGCCUGUGGGAUGGGGAGAGCCAUGCGCUGGCCUGGAGCAUCGACCUCAAGGAGACUGGUCUCUGUGCUGACUUCCACCCGAGUGGGGCAGUUGUGGCCGUAGGACUGAACACGGGGAGGUGGUUGGUUUUGGACACAGAGACCAGAGAGAUCGUGUCUGAUGUCAUUGAUGGCAAUGAGCAGCUCUCAGUGGUCCGGUACAGCCCAGAUGGGUUGUACCUGGCCAUUGGUUCCCAUGACAACGUGAUCUACAUCUAUAGUGUUUCCAGUGAUGGCGCCAAAUCCAGCCGCUUUGGCCGCUGUAUGGGUCACUCCAGCUUCAUCACUCAUCUUGACUGGUCCAAGGAUGGGAAUUUCAUAAUGUCCAAUUCUGGGGACUAUGAGAUUCUUUACUGGGACGUGGCUGGAGGCUGCAAGCAGCUGAAGAAUCGCUAUGAGAGCCGAGACCGGGAAUGGGCUACCUACACCUGCGUGCUGGGUUUCCACGUCUACGGCGUGUGGCCGGACGGCUCCGAUGGGACCGACAUCAACUCCCUGUGCCGCUCCCACAACGAGCGCGUGGUGGCGGUGGCCGACGACUUCUGCAAAGUGCAUCUAUUCCAGUACCCGUGCGCUCGUGCCAAGGCGCCGAGCCGCAUGUACGGGGGCCACGGCAGCCACGUGACCAGCGUCCGGUUCACGCACGACGACUCGCACCUCGUAUCGCUGGGCGGCAAGGACGCCAGCAUCUUCCAGUGGCGAGUGCUGGGCGCUGGGGGCGCGGGGCCGGCGCCUGCCACGCCCUCUCGAACCCCCUCCCUCUCUCCUGCCUCCUCCCUCGACGUUUGAUCGCUGCCGGUGGGACCUACUGGCCUGGCGGCGUGGCCCCGCCCCGCUCUGCCCUGCCCUAAUCCCCCACGACCAGGGGCCGACUCUUUCCUCGACUGACUUCGAAACAUUCCCGACGGCGCAUUUCCCUGGAGGGCGCGAACGGCGCCCCUGCACACACUGUUUAGACCCGCUGGUUGAGCCGGGCAGCCCCAACCUAGGCCUUGACUCCCGCUGCCUGCUGAGGGGCAAUAAACCAGAACCAAAGUCGC